AGAUUUUGUUGCAUGUGCUUUUCUUCAGGGGUGUCAACUUAAAAGUCUACAUUCAGGCUUCAGGACCUGCCAAUAUCGCUGUGUUGCCAAAAGAGGAAGGUCAACCAGCGGUGAAGAGCAGUAGUGUAACAUCUGGACCCAAAGGAUAUUACUACCAGGGCAUAUGGAGAGCACUAGAGGGAACCACAGUUCAACAAUUAAACACCCUUGCCACCACUCAGUGCCUAAAAGGCAAGGUGGUCCAUCUAUUUGGAGACUCCACCAUCAGGCAGUGGUUUGAAUUCAUCAACGCAGAACUACCAGGUCUAAAGGCAUUUGACCUGCACAGCCCGAAGCUUGUUGGACCUUACAUCUCCCUGGACUACACAAAUAACAUCAUGGUGACGUACCGCUGCCACGGUCCUCCCAUCAGUUAUACCAUAGUCCCAACCAGGGAGCUUCGUUACAUUGCCAAUGAAAUAGAUGGCUUAAAAGGAGGCCCCAACACUGUCAUAAUCAUUGGCGUCUGGGCUCACUUUGCCCCUUUCCCCACUGAGGUCUACAUCCGGCGGCUGCAGAACAUCCGCAGGGCAUUGAUGCGGCUGCUGGACAGGGCUCCAGAUACGCAUAUUAUCUUCCGCACAGGGAACCCAAGAGAUUUGUCACUUGACGUGGCGCUAACCUUUGGCGACUGGUACUCACUGCAGCAUUAUAAGGUGCUCAGGGCCAUGUUCAAAGGACUCAAUGUUCAUCUGGUUGAUGCCUGGGAGAUGGUCUUGGCUCACCACCUGCCACACAACGUCCAUCCAACACCUCCCAUUAUUAAGAAUAUGAUUGAUGUUCUCUUGUCCUACAUUUGUCCUCAAAAGGGUGUCUAGAUGUGUGUUUUCUUGGGGGGAAAGAAGAUGGGAUUCAAGAGUUUACAUCAUAUUUCUGAGUUUCUACCAAAUGCUGCAUUUUGCCUUCAGCAGUCC